AUGACUCUGACUGUUCUCGCAGCCUUCGGUUUUUACUUGGUCCAGCGCCACAACUGCGGCCGGUUUGCUUGUUUGUUUUUUGGGAGAAGCUUUUCCAUCAAUGAGUUUCCCACUCAUGGGCUCCACACACACAAAGUAGUGUAUUUUGCCGGCGUGUACGUGUUUGCGGUUCCUGUUUUUUUUUGUUUUCGGCGGUGUGCGCCUUUGCACCGCGCUGCCGGUCACCGUUGUAAUGCACGCUAUUCCCGCAAAAACCCGGCCUGGGGGGAUCUUGGGGCCGAUUGGCUGCUUUGGCAAAUUCUCGUUCCUCGAUUCCUGCGGGGCGUGCUCCUUGUGGGGUCAGGGCCGCAGCUGAAAGGCGUUGCCUCUGCGGCGGUGCGUGCUGGAUUUUACUUCUUCUUUUGCGGCAACGGCACUUUUCAUUUUUAUUGGGGGAUGGCGCGACCACCGUCUGGCGCCGCGACACGCCACUUCGCAAAAAACGCCUCGUCGAAGGGGCCAGUUGCCGGCGGUGUGCCCGAGGCACAACCCAAUGGGAGGGCGCGAGGAAGGCACGCGAAGGAAUUGGCGGGCCGUGCCGUGGGGUGA